AUGGUGACAGGGCCCCAAGACUCUCUGCAUGAAUAUCGCCCCUUCCAUGGAGAAAAUGCAAUUGUCACCGAUGAGAAAUGUCAAGAGGCGGGAAACAGAAAAGGCAAGGACCAAAAGGUUUGGGGUGGAGAUCCCGUUUACCCAACCGUGAACUACAUUCAAGAUCCAGAUGAAGUGAUUGAUUAUAGGGGACCAGAUUUUCAUGAACCAACACCAAAUAUGCUGGCCCAUCUAAAGGAGCAUGGCAAAAUCAUAUCGAGGGAGGAUCUUGAGAAAAUUUUGGCAAAGGAGAAGACUGAAGAACUUGAGAUGACAGAUAUUGAUGAUGCUAUGGCUCGAGCUGUUGAUAUUGGUGAAAAUGAAGAUGAUGAAGAAGAUGACGGUGAAGGUGGUGGUGAAGGAGAAGAGAAAAUAACUCGCAAUUGGAGUGUUCUGAAAUCUACACCUCAGCUUCGAAAGUCAAAGGCUAAGCCGAAAAAGGAGGAUCCAAUGUCCUUGGAAGAGUCUGUCGAUGAUUCUGAGAACCUGACUGAUUUUCUAAUGGACUUUGAAGAAGAGUGAGGGUUAUAUACCGGCUUGAUGCAUACGAUACGAUUUGCUAGUGAGUAAAUUCGCAAGUUACAAAAUAAAUGCUACAAAACAGAAAGAC